AUGUCCUACAAGAGGUCUCAUGCCACCUAUGAGGCUGAUCUUACUGCACAGCAGUCGCCAUACGUUGCCUUUGGGACCCCCCUCCCGCCCCUCGAUCCCGACGUCCGCGACGAUGGGUCCUACGUGCCUGUCUGGAAGCAGGAGGUGAGGGACGAGCGAGGGCGGAAGAGACUGCAUGGUGCCUUUACUGGAGGGUGGAGCGCAGGAUACUUCAACACUGUUGGCUCCAAAGAAGGAUGGACGCCUUCGACUUUUGUCUCCUCGCGCACGAGCAGGAGGAAAGAUGAUCCCAACACCGCCCGCCAACGAGCCGAGGAUUUUAUGGAUGAGGAGGAUCUUCAAGAUGCUGAGGAGGCUCGGAAAAUCGAGACAAAUGCUGCGUUUGCCGGCCUGGGCUCCGUAGGGGAUGACCGAGGAAGGGCAGGUGGCUUAGUGGGCCUCUUCCGUGUCCAGGGGGAAACAAUGGGCACGAGGCUCCUUAAAAGGAUGGGCUGGAAAGAAGGUCAAGGGAUCGGGCCCAAGAUUCGACGGCGAGCCCGCCUCGAUACGACGAGCGCAGCGGGCGACGAUGCAGAGACCUUCCUUUUUGCGCCGGAGAAUAUGAGAAUGAUCUCUAUUGUGCGGAAGACUGAUCAAAGAGGUCUAGGUUACGACAGACCUCCCGACUUGGCCUCGCUCGGCUCCAUCAAGAAGAAUGACUCGGCGGACCAGUCGGAUGAUGAUGAGGAGGAGGGGGGGAGUUUGGGGCGGCCAAAGAUUACUGUCCUUACAAAGUCGAGACAGACAGAGAACAAGAGCCGCGGGGGCAUCGGAAUGGGCAUUCUGAACGACACCGGCUCGGAUGACGAGGAUCCCUACGAGAUCGGUCCACGGAUAUCGUAUAGUCGAAUCAUUGGUGGUGACAAGAAGAAAAAGAAGAGCGGCAGUACUCCUGUCAACCCAUCGGUCAAGGCGAAACCCACAUUCCUGCCAAAACGAUCAGCUUUGGGGCGAAUAGCCGUUGGGAUUCGAAAGUGUCACGACGGCAGACUUCCCUUGGACGGGUUUGUCUUCGGCCAGGGACCAGAUUCGUCAACAUCUGUUAUAAACCCGGAUGGCAUGUAUCCACCUCCCAAGAUCCCUCCAGGAUGGAUGUCGUCAAAGCAACCAAAAACGGCCUCUGAUGAUGGUCAGAACCCAUACGUCUCGACCGCAGAUGCUGCCAGGGCGUCGGAUCUAGACCCAAAGGCACGCGCUGCCCUCCUUGGUGAGAAGCAGCUUCCCGGCAAAUCGGUCUUUGACUUCAUGUCUGCGUCCGCACGUGAACGCCUUGCUGCUGCAACGGGCAAAUCGAAUUUGCCACCGGCGAAAGGAGAGAUCCCGGAGGGCUAUGCGCUCACUGAAGAAGAGCGACUCCGAGAGCUGAUGAACCAAAUCCCCAAGAUUGACAAGGAAACUGCCAUUGCGGCCAUAUCGAGAGGUGCAAGCGGAAGUGCGCCAUACGCUGAUGACGAGGCAAAACGUGCACGAUACAGAGCCUAUCUCGAGUUCCAGGCCGGUUUUGGUAAAUCCUUACCACAGAAGCCGCCCAAGAUGACCAACGAUGCUUGGCUGAGAGAAUUACACGAGUUCUUUAAUUGCGCAAGGAUCUUCAAACCUAUGACAGGAAUGAUGGCAAGCCGGUUCACGACCUCGUCCACCGUCUCUACGGGGUCUCAGGGCGAAGGCGACAAGAGCAGUCAACUUUCUAAGCCUGCACCAGCACCACAAGAUCCGGCAGAAGAGGCCGCAAGGCUCGGUAUGUUUGGGCAGAUGACUAGAACCGUCGCGGAUUUUUAUCCGCCGAGGUUGUUGUGCAAACGGUUCAACGUGAAGCCUCCCCCACAUGUCCAGGCAGACCAAGGUAUGGACACUGGCAGUUCCAAGCAGGGUCCGGCGGCCUCUCAGUUUGAGGUAUACGGAGAGUUCACUCCAUCGCUCCAACAACCCUUAGCCAUCGAGUUUGGGGGCGCGUCGACAGACUCGCUUUUGGGCGGUGUGCAGAAGGAGUCGGAGCAAGAUGUCGGAGCUCAGAACCCUAUCAUAGACUCUAGCAGGAACGACGCUCUAGAGGGCAAGAGAGCGGGCGAGGAUCGAGGCGGCAAAGUUAUUGAAGUCACGGCCUCGAGAAACAGAAACCAGGACCCCAACGAUACAGCGAGGACUACUAAUCUUGAAAGACGCCUGCCACCUGCCGUCAAGUUGUCUGAUUCACGAGCGCCAAGUAUUAGCGGACAGUCGGUGCCUUCGUCGGCUAGACCAGCCUUCCCCAAGCGUCGAAGCGUCGAAGAAGAAGCCGGACUGCUAGAGGACUCGACCGAGACGGGCCUGGUGCGCUUUGCUGAACACGCCGCUGCCGAAGCUGCUCCAUUUCCCUCGUGCCAACACCCUCAGCCCCCGCCUCCUCAGUACCCGGCCUCCGAAGCCUCCACGAGCAGCGCGACUUGUCGGCCUCCACCCUCGUUUUCUUCGCUCUUUACACCCCUAAACGCCGCUGCCGCUGCCGCCGUACUCGAGCCAUCCGAGCCUUACAAGCAUUGCGUCGCUGAUUUCCUCCCCGAGUCGUCUUCUCCCGCCGCUGCCCCAGCUUAUGCCCCAACCGAUUCGGUAACUCCAGAGUCUUCGAACGUCGCAGCCGUCGCCUCCCAGUUCCGGGACGAGACCAAGCGCGCUCUACCACGGGAUACCAAAGGGGGGUCUUCGCGAAGCAAGGACGAGGACACAGAACCGCCACCGGCAUAUUCCGAGGGACCCAGUCCCCUCAAGUCAUUCACAUACCUCAUGGCUGCCGCGGGUGGAGCGUCGAGUAUUAUUACUCAAGUUCAGCAGGGUGGUCCCCCGAUCAACCCGAUCGGAGAUGUCGGCGCUGAUGAGAUGAUUACUAUGGACCUUCGGGGCACACGCUUCACACUCUCAAGAGAUGAGUUGCUGACCCUCCCGGAAUUUGUCCUCCUAUCGCUCUUCCCGAAUGGCCUUUUCCCAGAGGGCCACAUGGGCGGCUUCUCGGACGGAGACGCAGUGCAAGUCGAUUAUGAUCCCGCUUCCCUGCAGUACAUGCUAGACUUCUUCCGCAACGUCGCCCAAACCAUCCCGACCGAGACCUCCGCUUCAGCAUCGCAAGACGGCGACAGCAUGGUACCGCUUGACCCCGCCGGAGGACGGGACGACGGCAGUAAACGUGCGGGGAUCAUCGUCCUCCGAGAGGAUCUCGACUUCUACGCCAUUCCGCCCAGGCCGGACAUCGGUCAGGCUGAGAUGAUCGAGGUCAAGAGGGCGGCUGCCCGAGCAUUACUAAACCAGGACGGCAUAUUCAGCGGACUUAAGAGGAGCGACGAGCCGGGAACGACAGAGGCGCAUCUGAUUGAGAUGCUGACAGCUGGCGGUUUCAACCACGAGGACCAGUGGGGUCACCGCGCUGGUGAGCCCAACAAGGCUGUUAUCUGCAGCCUGGCGCUAGCCCGCCUGCGCUCAGACAUACGCGGCAACGACAUGGGCAACAACGCUGUCGGCAUGGCCCAGAAGCUGCUGCUCUUCUGGCGGAAGCCGGCCCGGCGAUGCUGGUGGGAGGGCGUCGAGCUCGACAACGUCGAGGGUGUUGAGGGCAAGAAGCUCAAGGUUUGGAUCAGGAGGGUGUGGACUCUGGAGAUGAGUGUCAUUGGCUUGCGCUGA